UGAUGAGUUGAUUAAGUUAUCUAGUACCAAUGAUUCUGGUAAGACUAAGUCGUGUCUGUUACUUGUUCCUUAAGUCAAUCUCUUUACCGGUCAACGCAGGUGAUAAUGACUUACUGGGUGGUUUGACCGGACUUAGUCCAAAUGAAGAUGGUUUUGAUGAGUUGAUACCUGGAUUUGGUGGGAGUGGUCAGCCUAGUAACAAUGAGUUUGGUGUAGAUGAUGACCUUGACUCCCUGUUCAAUCCUGUUGAACUUCCAAGGGAAAGUGACAAAAGAAGACUAUGGGAGCGUGAAAAAAUAAUAAAAGAUCGAAUGGAAAAGGCUAUAGCUGAUAUGAAUAACCGUGAUCAUCAGAUUCAGACUGAACAAGAAGAAAGAAGUAGGAUUUCUGAGACCCUUGACGGUGAGAUUAAGCUUUGGGCUACUGGGAAAGAAGGGAACCUACGUGCACUUAUAUCAUCACUGCAUCUCGUACUUUGGCCUGGAUGCGGCUGGGAGGCUGUCUCUCUAACAGAUUUCACUUAUGCAUCAGUCAAGAAAGUCUAUAAAAAGGCAAACCUCUAUGUCCAUCCUGAUAAAGUUCAUCAGAAAGGUGCUCAACAAAAGUACAUCGCCAAGAAGGUAUUCAACAUCUUACAGGAAGCCUGGAACAAGUUCAACAAAGAGGAGUUAUCUUAA